CAGGCAUUUAACCACUGCGCCACCAGGGCUCCUUGAGAAGAAGACAGCUGUGCUCAGAAUCUGGGGAACUUAACAUUUCUGCAAACACCAUGCUGGGACGAAGCACAGGCCUUCAAAGUAUCUGCCUUCUUCUCCUCUUACCUGUCUCAGCCAGCUCUUGUCCUAGCCGCUGCUUAUGUUUUAGGACUACAGUAAGAUGUAUGCAUCUGAGGCUGGAAACUAUCCCUGAGGUCCCACCGCAGACAAAUAUCCUGGAUCUGCGCUUCAACCAUAUCAGAGAAAUCCAGCCUGGAGCUUUCAGGAAUCUGAAGAACCUCAACACACUGCUUUUGAACAACAAUCAAAUAAAGCACAUUGUACGAGGGUCAUUUCAAGAGCUUGAGAACCUGAAAUACCUCUACCUUUACAAGAAUGAAAUACAAAGCAUCCAGCAACAUGCCUUCAAGGGGCUCCAUUCCCUGGAACAGCUUUACCUGCAUUUUAACAACCUUGAAACCUUGGAACCAGACACUUUUAGUGACCUGCCCAAGCUGGAAAGACUCUUCUUGCAUAACAACAGGAUUUCCAGAAUCCAGCCAGGAGCCAUCGCCCGAGUGGAAUCUCUGAAACGCUUGCGACUGGACUCUAAUGCGCUGCUGUGUGACUGUGACCUGAUAUGGCUGGCAGAGUUGCUAAAUAAAUAUGCCAUCCAAGGCAAUGCCCAGACCGCUGCUACCUGUGAGAACCCAAGGGAGCUGCAAGGUCGUUCCAUUGUCAGCUUGACCACUCAAGAAUUUCACUGUGAGAGUCCUCGCAUCACAACUGAGCCCCAAGAUGUGGACGUCACAGUGGGCAACACUGUUUAUUUCAUCUGCAGGGCAGAAGGUAACCCAAAGCCCAAGAUCAUUUGGCUCCACAACAACAAUGAGAUUGACAUGCAAGAGGACGGACGGCUGAACCUGCUGCAGGAUGGAACACUAAUGAUCCAAGAUACCAGAGAAUCAGACAAAGGCAUCUACCAGUGCAUGGCCAAGAAUAUUGCUGGUGAAGCCAAGACUCAGGAAGUUGUCCUACGCUAUUUUGGCAAUCCAUCCAAGCCAAGCUUUGUGAUCCAGCCCCAAAAUACAGAAGUCCUAGUUGGAGAAAGCGUGACUCUGGAAUGUGGGGUGUCUGGGAAGCCUCCUCCUCGUGUCGUCUGGGUGUUGAGUUCAGGUUUGCCCCUGCCACAGGAUUCUCGCUUCACCAUCACCAACUCCGGAGGCCUGUACAUACAAAAUGUCACCUUCUCAGACCAGGGGCAAUACAGCUGCAACGCCAGUAACAGCGAAGGCUCCAUCCAGGCAACAGCAAAUGUUAUAGUGCAAGCUACUCCAACAUUUUUGGUCCUCCCAACUGAUCAGACCGUAACAGAAGGUCAAAGUGUGGAUUUCCCAUGUUCUGCAGAAGGCCAUCCUCUCCCUGUAAUUGCCUGGACAAGAGCAGGUGGUCCAUUGCCAAGCGAUCGAAGACACAGUAUCCUUGCAACUGGUACCCUGCGAGUUGUCCGGGUUGCCCUUCAUGACCAAGGCCAGUAUGAAUGUCAUGCCAUCAGUGCUAUCGGUGUUCGGAGCUUGCCGGUGCAGCUAUGGGUGACUCCACGAGUUAUUCCAGUCUUCCUUCAUCCUCCACAAGAUAUGGUUGCAGAAACUGGGCAAGACAUUGAGAUCCCCUGUGCUGCCCAGGGGGAUCCACAGCCUACCAUAACAUGGGCCAAGGAAGGCAUUCAGAUCACAGAGAGUGGGAAGUUCCACAUCAGCCGAGAAGGAACCCUGUCUGUCAGAGACCUGGGAACAGCUGAUCAAGGGAAAUAUGAAUGUGUAGCCAGGAAUACUUUUGGGUUCACUUCCAGCACCAUGCAGCUGACAGUCAUUGCCACAAAUGUUGGCAGAACUGGUGAUACUUUUGUAGCUACCUCAAUCCAGGAAGCCAUCAGCAGUGUGGACCAUGCAAUCAAUUCUACACGCACCGAACUGUUUAGCAAACGCCCCAAAACUCCUAAUGAAUUGCUGGCCCUUUUCCGUUAUCCACGAGACCCAUACACAAUUGAGACGGCCCGGGCUGGAGAGAUCUUUGAGAGGACUUUGCAGCUCAUUCAGGAACAUGUGCAACAGGGGCUGGUUGUGGACAUGAAUGGAACAGGUUACCGCUACAAUGAUCUGGUCUCCCCUCACUACCUCAACAUGAUUGCCAACCUGUCCGGCUGUUCUGCCCACCGCCGCACACCCAACUGCUCCAAUAUCUGCUUUCAUAAGAAGUACCGGACCCACGACGGCUCAUGUAACAACCUCCAGCAUCCCAUGUGGGGGGCGUCCCUUACGGCUUUCCAACGCCUGCUCAAGCCAGCCUACCAGAAUGGCUUCAACCUCCCCAGAGGCUUCUCUUUGGUGGAAGACUCCAGAGAGCUCCCCCUUCCUUUGCCUCGCUUGGUUUCCACUGCCAUGAUUGGCACGGAGACCAUUACGCCUGAUGACCAGUUUACCCACAUGCUUAUGCAGUGGGGCCAGUUCCUGGAUCACGAUCUUGACCAGACGGUGGCUGCCAUCAGCAUGGCCCGGUUCUCAGAUGGAGAGUCUUGCAGCCAGGUUUGUACCAAUGACCCUCCUUGCUUCUCCAUUAUGAUCCCGGCGAAUGACCCACGGGUGAAGAUUGGGCGCUGCAUGUUUUUUGUCCGCUCCAGUCCUGUAUGCGGCAGUGGGAUGACCUCUCUGCUGAUGAACUCCGUCUAUGCUCGAGAGCAAAUCAACCACCUUACCUCUUUCAUUGAUGCCUCCAAUGUCUACGGCAGCACGGAACAUGAGUCCCUGGAACUCAGGGACCUCACAAACCAGAGGGGGCUCCUGAAGGAAGGCCAAGUGGUUCCAAGCUCUGACAAACCCCUCCUUCCCUUUGCAGUGGGACCCCCAACUGAGUGCAUGCGGGACGAGACUGAAAGCCCUGUGCCGUGUUUCUUGGCAGGUGACCACCGGGCCAAUGAACAGCUGGCCCUGACCUCCAUGCACACCCUGUGGUUCCGUGAGCACAACCGUGUGGCCCGCAAGCUUCUGGCCCUGAAUCCUCACUGGGAUGGGAACACUGUGUACCAUGAAGCUCGCAAGAUCGUAGGGGCCCAGAUGCAGCACAUUACUUACUCCCAUUGGCUACCCAAGAUACUUGGGGAAGCUGGGAUGAAAGCCUUAGGAGAGUAUAAAGGUUAUGGGCCCAACACCAACCCAGGCAUCCUGAAUGCCUUUGCCACUGCCGCUUUCCGCUUUGGCCACACACUCAUCAAUCCUCUUCUCUACCGCCUCAACGAAACAUUCCAGCCCAUCCAACAAGGCCAUGUCCCACUCCAUAAAGCCUUCUUCUCUCCAUUCAGGAUCAUCCAAGAGGGGGGCAUUGACCCUCUGCUCCGUGGGCUCUUUGGGGUCCCUGGGAAAAUGCGGGUCCCUUCUGAACUCUUGAACAUGGAGCUGACAGAAAAGCUUUUCUCCAUGGCCCACUCCAUUUCACUGGACCUUGCAGCCAUCAACAUCCAGCGGGGGCGCGAUCACGGCAUCCCACCAUACAAUGAUUUCCGGGUCUUUUGCAACCUCACAUCUGCUCAAGAGUUUGAUGACCUCAAGAAUGAGAUUAAGAACCUGGAGAUCAGGGAAAAGCUCAGGAGUUUAUAUGGAAUUACAAAGAAUAUUGACCUGUUUCCUGCACUGAUGGUGGAAGAUCUUGUCCCAGGGACCAGAGUGGGGCCAACCCUCAUGUGCUUAUUCGUGACCCAGUUUGGAAGACUCCGGGAUGGGGACAGGUUUUGGUAUGAGAAUCCAGGUGUGUUCACCCCGGCUCAGCUCACACAGAUAAGACAGGCGUCGCUUGCCCGUGUUAUCUGCGACAACAGUGACCACAUCCAGCAGCUCCAGAAGGAUGUAUUCCAGGUUGCCUCCUAUCCACAGGGCAUGGUGAGCUGUGACAAUAUCCCUGAAGUGGAUCUACGCAUGUGGCAGGACUGCUGUGAAGACUGCAGGACAAGGGGGCAGUUCAGGGCACUCUCACAACAUUUCCGAAGCAAGAGAUCUUCUGGCUUCAGCUAUCCAGAAGAAAACCCCUCCAAUGACAAGCCUGGUGAUACAAGGAUGGAGGGACUAUCUCAAAACCACUCCCCAGAAGAGGAUGUUGAAGCUUUAGUAAAAGACCUAGAAAAAACUAUCUCCUCUCUUCGGAAGCAGGUGAGUGGCUUGGAAAGAGAGAUGAAAAAGCAUCAGAGAAGGACUGCAGCUAAAUAUGGUCAUCAGCAGAAGACUGGAGAAAACUGGAGCAAAAGAUGACCCACUUUGCAUGGUUUUUUCAGGCAAUUGCCAGCAGGUUACAUUUAAUGUCCCUCCUCCUCAAAGAAGAGCCUGAUUUACUUCAAGGUGAUCCUGUAGCAUCCACAUCAUGAUCCAGACUCCACUAAAUCUUGGAUAUGCUGCUGUAGUCCACUAUACUUCACAGAAUCCUUCACCCACUGAAGUAAUAGAACACAAACGUCUCAGAGUCCUAGACUUCUUUUCUAGGAAUGGUUUACUCUGCACUCCUCUGCUAUGUUGUUUUCAGAACCUUCAUAGUGAUUUUCUUCCUUUCCAUGGAAAGUCGGGCCUUCCCACAGCACUUGUCUCAGAACAGUGGCCACUAUUUCAGAAUAAGCCUCUCACUUCUGGAAGAUCUCCAUUAUUGUCAUCUCCCUCUUUGGCAAACCACCUUCGCCAACUCAGCCUUUGGCAGAUACUGCUGAAAUAUGCCAUCUCUGAAAGUCAAAGCCUCACCGGAGCCCCAAGCAAAGCCAAUAUUUGGUGCAUCUUCCAAAUCAGCAAGCAAUUGAAUCAAAGGAAACUCUGAUAGGCAUGUAUAAGUCAACAGGCCAAGGCCCAAUGACUGUGGCAUGUAAGAAGGGACACAUCUGUUGGAACCAGCCCCUGCCAUACCUAGUGUGCAGAUGUCUGUCUUGAAAAACAAAGCCAGAAAUGAAGAUUGACUGAGUUUUCCCUUAGGCCACUAUGCUUCAUCAGUCAUCAUUCUGAAGUUACGGGAAACUUGAAAUAAACACCUGGCUGGGUGGACCCACUUUUCGCUAUCCUGAGCUGACAGUGACUUUCCUUUCUUUUUGAAGCUAUAUUUUUCCAAUUGGUUCUGUUCUUUCCACAUUAGAUAUUUCCUACCACCAUGAUUCUGGGCAGCUUUUAUAACACAAUGCAGGGAAAACAACACUUGUUGCAAUGAUCCACUGGACAAUGAGCCAAGAUCCCAUUAAGAAAUAGCAUCUCCAAAGGCUGUUCUUGGAAACACAGAUCCGAUUUGAACCAAAAGAUCUCUUUUCCACCCCAGACUCAGCCAAUCUCACCCUGUGUUUCCCUACUCACAUGCAAAUUGAUUAGAAGGCCAAAGAAGAAAGCACUUAGAGGCAAGCAGAGAUUUUCUUUUUGCUCGCUUGGGAAUAGUUAGCUUCUUCUACAUUGCACUGAUAGCCAAUGUGCAAGGAUGGGAAGCUCUGCUAACAACACAUCAAAUAUGAGUUACAAGAUAGGGUUGCGCUGCUGAAGCUGUAGUGGUUUACUGCAAAGUAUCCUGUGAACUAUAGUUCUGCAAGGGAGUUGUGUUUCUCUAAGCAUAAUUUCAAAAUUAGUUUCCAUGAAAAUUGCAGAGAAGCCAUAACCAUUACAACUAGUUAAUGCUUUUAGAAUUAACUCUGGGCCAAAUAUUGCAUGAUUUGCCUUUGAUGUUGUUUCAAAGGCAAAUUGUGCAGUACUUGGCCCAGAGUUAAUUCUGGCGUCCUCUGUAUUGUCUAUAUCUACUAGUUUUACUCUGCGGCUUCAGCAGCAAAUGUACCUCCACUAUUCUGAGUCUGAUUUAUGGUGCUCUCUCUAUUUUGAGGUGCUUUUACAAGAAAUUAAAAACAAUAGUGUUACACUGUGUCUCAUACCAGUUUACUAUGGUCCAGGUAAUUUUUAUGUGCCUUUCAUUCUAGAUAUAAGGGAAUCCAAAACAUAGGUGCUAAUUUCUCAUAUUUUCUGAUUAUCUUUUCAUCCCUUCCUACCCAGUAUACAUAUUCUUCCCAUGUACCAUCUCCUGUAAUGCAAGAGUUUGCAAACUGAAAGGUGCUUCUUCUUUUGCAUCCUAGUAGAAUUUUUAGAAAGGAGCUGGGCUGCAGAGAAUCCACACAUGAGCUGGAAUUAACCUGCCAGAACCAAAAGAUCAACCCAAAGGAUAAAGUGGGUGACAGUAGUUUCUCAGCAAACCAGGCUCGGGUCUACUAACGGGCAAAGUGGACGUUUUGCCAAUUUUAAGUAACAUUGCUAAAUGAAUCUUCAGUUGCUUGUAAACUAGUUCAGUUUAGUCAGUAACUGAAGUGCCAUUUUUUAAAUGGAGAAUACAGAUCAUAUUGUGGCAAAGUCAUAGCAGUCCCAUGUUUGCUAUCCUCCUGUUUAUAUUCAGACUUGAUUUGUGGGGUGCAGAGAAUAAAUGAAACAGCAGUACGGUCUGGCAACUGUGGACUGGCAUGGUGUUUUAAGGGUCCCUGCAUCUAUAUAAUUAGUAGAUUCUUCCUCACAGCUUUUGCUCCUGCUGUUGCUUCCUAUUCUGCACCGAGCAGUAUAACACAAUUUUGCAAUUAAAAAUGAAAAGGAAUCAGUAAUUAAAGUUCCUCCUCUGCAACUUAUAGGACUUCGUGAGCAGCUGAGACUUUUUCAAUAACAUUUCUGCCAUGCUGAAAUGGAAAAGACACCAGGUAUCAAAGCUGAUGGAAGGAAUUAAUUCAAUCUGCAGAGGACCACUGUGGAACAGGGCCUGCUUCUGAAUACACACUCACAUUGCCAUUGGAUUAUACUUCCAAUUUCCCUUGUCUGAUAACAUCCUCUCUCUCUGAAGCAUGAACUACGAUUUCUGUAUUUAGAUUAACUGAGAAGGAAGAAAAAGGGAGAUGUCUUUUUUCACAUAUUCUGCCAAUAGAAAAGUAAGGAGGAUACAUGACCAGAACUCUCCUUUAGCAUAUCCUCCAACCAUUCCAAUUUGACAGGAACUGUUCUGUUUAAUCUUUUGUCUUCUCAUUUUUAAACUGCUUUAAAAAUGUCCCAGUUUCUCCCCCCAUCUUCCCACUUUCCCCCUUUAUCCUCAGCUUGCUUCAGUUGGUGCAAACGGAGUUCAAAGUGCAAAAGUAGUCUCAAUUCAAUUAAUUUAGUGGGGAGAGAGGACAGGAAGGGGCAGAAUCUUAUCCUUCCAUGUAGGUUCAGGCAAAAGCAAACUGCUUCAGCCUCCUAGUUUGUCCAUACUUCCAAAUAAAUAACAUUUGCCAUCUUAACCACACUCUGAUGGUACUUGGCCCCAUAUGUCCCAGUUUUCAUCUGCUGGAUGGAAUGGUUUAGCUCAGUGUGAAUAAAUGGAAGCAGUAAGCUAGUAUGUCAGAUAUCCUCUAAUAUACUUUCAUGCUCUUGCAUGAAAUUAUAUGGCCACAGCAGAGGAACUGCUGCUAUCACCCUGUCCAUACCAGUAUUGACCUGAGCACAUCAUAAUGCUCAUAGAUUUGUGAACAAGAAUGUAAACAGCCUUGUACAGUUAUCUUUGAUUUUACAUAUAUGUGAGAAUUCUACAACAGAGGGGAAUUGCCUAGCGCAAGAAAUAGUAUCUUCCUUUUGCAUGAGGAAGGGCAAGGAGGACAGGUUUGAGAGCUUCUUUCAUACAACCACAAUCUUCUUCCUGUUGUGCCAUACCAUUGUUCCAUGUUUUCCACAGUCACUUGUUUUUGGGAAGCAUGUGAUGUGGUCAGUGUCAGACAUGUACUAGAUGCUUCCUCCAUCAUCAUCUCUCAAGAGGAACAUCAACCAAGCCACUCAGGUGUGAUUCUUCUCCAGGGAAGCGUGACCAGAAGUGAUGUGUGUUACCUCCAGCCACCUCUUGGCUAAAAAUUUGGGUGGGAUGCCAAGACCUUUUGGGGUCAGUGGAAGUUCCUUACCUCUCUAUUGACGUAUGGGAAGAGUCAUCUCCCUUUUACUUCCUUCUCACUUAAUCUACAGAGACAGUGAGUAGUGCUUCAGGAGGAGUAUGUAUUCUGAAGCAGGCUCUGUUCCACGAACAGGCUACUUUUAACCUGUGGGCUGCCCAAUUUCCACCUCUGUUUUACUCUGUUUGCACAUAAUUAUUUGUUGUUAUGCACAGUUUUUUUAGUAGUGGGUUUUGAUCGUGUCUGUGUUUUGACAUGAAGAGCCUGUAAUGUAACUUUUCUGACUCAAUUGUGCAGCAUGUCAUUGAGUCCUUCAUCCCAUUUAGAAGCUUCUUUUAAGUACAGUGGACCCUCCAGAUCGCAGGGCUGGCUAUCCAUAACUGCCUAUGGAUCGCAACUCCCCAUAUUACUGAGUGGCAGCAGGUGCAUGUGCACUUGCUAAGGCAUCCACACACACAUCACCACCACUGAAUAGUAUAGGGGGCGAGCAUCCACAUUUUUUCCCAUCUGGAGGAGGUGCUGGGACUGAACCCCCACAGAUGGGAAUGAUCCAGUGUACUAGUAUUAUGCUGUGGGGGAGGGAAGGAGGGACACUGGUGGUUGAGAAAAGAUUUAAACCCUUAACUUUGUCAUUGUCAGAAAUAAAACUAUUUUUAAAAUAAAUUGAUAUGGUGUGUCUAUGUGUGUACCUUUGGCACUUUUUAAAUCAUAUUUCUUAUUGAGGCAGCUCUUGAGUUAAAUAUAGAGUUUAAUAACAUCUUGGAAUAAACUACUGUUGGCUUAUGAAUAGUUUAGCUCCAGAAUUCACAAAAUAUCAGUUAAUCUUCAUAUUUCAUGUCCAUGUGAAUCGUGGAGUAUCCUAAAAUCUGAAAUACUCUAAAAUCCAAAAUUGUCCACAGGAGUGGCUGAGGUAGCAACACCUUUGCUUUCUGAUGGUUCAAUGUCCACAAAGUUAGUUUCACACACAAAAUUAUUAAAAAUAUUGUGUAUAAACUUGACUUCAGGCUAUGUUUAUAUAGUGUACAUUUGGACCUUCGCAUCCUUGGAGGAUCCAUUUUGGACACCCCACCCCACUUCCGCAGAUACACUUGGAUGGAGACAUACUGGAUUGCAAUGGAAGUGUCUUUGUUGUGAUGCAAAUGGAUGUUAAAUUUCCUGGACUUUGAGAAUCUCCCAGUUGCCACAUAGCCAGAAGGUG